UGAAUCAGCAAAUCAUUUAUUCUCUGUUGCCGUAUCUAACUGUCUAUUUUUAAAUUCACGCUCUGUUUUGUAUUUUUCGUUUGUUUCUGAACAAUGUCUGAUAAUAGUGAGACUUUGCGUCGUUCUACGAGGAUUAGGACUAAAGUCAACCUGAGUGACAAUGAAGAAACCUUCACACCGUCCAAAACGUCGAGAGUAACUAGAACGCCUUCAACGAGAACAAGAUCUCGUAAAAACAGUGGAUCUGAUGAGAGUCAACCUACAACUCCAGCUAAAACACUCGGAGGAACUAAAAGAGGAAGACCUAGGAAAUCCAGUGGUACAGAAGAUGAACCUGAACCAAAUCCCCGUGCUCUUAAGGAAGAACUUGAGAAAGAGCUCGAAACGAUUGAAGAAGACGUUCAAAAGCCCAAGGAGCUUUUCGAUGAUGAAGACGUGAGUGGGAACAAAAUGUAUGGAUUUCAAACUCCAUCGAGAAAAAACGGGAUGGCGCAAAAAGCCUUGCAAUCUCGGACCCCAGCACGAUCUGAGACGCCAAGGAGUCGAGCUGCUCGAGUACUACUUCAUAAAAUUGAUGAUGACAUAGUAACGAAAUCACCUGCAGCCAAAUCAAUCCUGGUGAAAAAUUCUACGAGAAUUCCAGAGAUCAAGAAAAGACAGGUUUACUUCCCAAGUGACAGUGAGAGCGUAUCCGAGGAUAGUGAAUACAUUCCCUCGAAUGAUGAAGAUGAUGAUGAAGAGGUAGAAGACGAAGAGAAUGAAACUGCUGAGAAUUCUCUGUCGGAUAAUGAAAAUAGUGAUGAUGGCUCUCCACGGAUACUGCGCAAAGGAUUGAAAAGAAAAGUUCCUGUGCCUAUUACUCCCUGUAGAAGAGGGAGAUCGAAGAAUAACAUUCAGUACAAGGAUUUUCAUUUGAAGACCGAUGAAUAUUUUUCGAUCCAAGCCGAGAAGGUUCUUACCUCGGAUCGCACUUUGAACCGUUUGAAGACCCCCCGUCUCAACGAGGAAAAGCUGCAAGAGCUUCUCAGCAACCAAAACCACAUAUCCAGGAGCCAUAAGGCUGGCAUCCAGGAGUUGACAAACGGUUACAGGUCAAUGUUUCCCAUGUGGUGCCAUGUGAUGGAGGAGGGAUACAGCAUUCUCCUGCAUGGCUUGGGCUCAAAGCGAACCCUGAUAAACGACUUCCACAGGGAAAUCAUAGCAGAUCAUCCGACACUUGUGGUUAAUGGGUUCUUUCCCAGCUUGACCAUCAAAGACGUUCUCGAUGGAAUAAUAACAGAACUCCUGGGACUAGAUGCCCCCUCGAACGCCAAUGAGUGCUUCAAUAUUAUCGAGGAGACGCUGAAGAAAAAUCCAGAGGAUAAAUUGUAUCUGUUGGUUCAUAAUAUUGAUGGCGCCAUGCUGAGGAACAGCAAAGCUCAGGAUAUACUGUCUCGUCUUGCUGCGAUGAAGAAUGUUAGGCUUUUGGCUUCUGUCGACCAUAUCAACGCUCCCCUCAUCUGGGAUAACGUCAAGAGGUCCAGGUAUAACUUCUACUGGUGGGAUGCGACUACUCUUCUCCCCUACGAGGCUGAAACUUCAUACGAGAGUUCACUCAUGGUCCAGCAGAGCGGAGCACUGGCUCUAUCAUCUCUCCACAACGUCUUUGCCUCCCUGACCACCAAUGCUAAAGCCAUUUAUAUUAUUUUGGUGAAGCACCAAAUAGAAAAUAGCACGAGCAACCUCUAUCCCGGGAUGGCCUUCAAGGAUCUGUACAGGGGAGCCCGGGAGGGCUUCCUCGUCAGCUCUGAUUUUGCUCUGAGAGCUCAGCUAACUGAAUUUAUCGAUCACAAGCUCGUCAAGACUAGGAGAAACGUCGAAGGAGCUGAAUAUUUAGUCAUUCCACUGAAUAAUUCACUUUUGAAGAAAUUUUUGGAGGAACAUGGGAAUGAGUGAAGGCUGUCUCAAUGAAUUUUUUGAUUUUGUAUUAUGAUGAAUUUUUUAUAAUUAUGUAAAUUAUUUUAAAUUAUA